AUGCAAGACGACAGCGAUCGGAAUGUUUAUCACUUUCGAGGUGCAAAAGACGAGACUGUUCCCUCCAUGGUACAAACCGUAGUGGUGGACCAAAGUGUCACCGAGUUGCCGGACGCUUUUGGCAAUCGAUUGCAUCGCAGAGUCAAAGAAUUGAUUCUGAAAGGAGUAAAGGUCAUCGGAAAAGAUGCUUUUCGCAAGUGUGGUUUGCAACAAAUCACAAUUUAUACUGCGAAUACUCAAGCCAUCUCUACCAGAGCCUUUGAAAUGGCCACCUGCUUGGAGAAUGUUGACUUUGUCUCACCAUCACCAUCCAAUAAUGAGCAUGCGUCAUUAUCGUCAUCGGAAGGAAAAGAUCUGACAGUGAUUGAAGAGGAAGCCUUUGUGGAUUGUUCCUCCUUGCAACGAAUUAAGAUCCCAUCCACUGUCAAGAUGAUGGGCAAGCAUGUCUUUGCGGAUUGCUCUUCCCUGGUGGAAGCAAAUCUAUCAAAACCUUGUAUGAAAAUGAUAGCACCUUGUACUUUUGAAUCCUGCCGGUCCUUGCAAGCCAUAAGUCUACCUGGGACUCUGGAGUGCAUUGGUCACUUGGCGUUUCGGGAUUGCUGCUCACUGGUGACGGUGGAGAUUCCAGCUGCUGUGGAAUCCUUGGUCAUUCAAGAGCGGGCCUUUUCGAAUUGUCAAAGGCUUAUGAAUCUGACACUUCCAGCGAACUAUUCGUCGGAUGAAACUUCCUUUGAAGGAUGCAAACUGCUCGAGGAAAGCUUUGGCAAGGACGAGGCUGAGUUCCUGGAGGAUCUUGACGAUGAAACAGAUACUAUGUUAUCAUUCCUCCACUACUACAGUGGAGGAAUUUCGUCGUGCAGUCCAAAACCAACACCAAGAUCCAGCGCCUAA